CUUGGGUUUUUUUCUAUGUCUGACUUGACUCGUGUCUAAAAGUGAAAGUAAAAUGAACCUGGAGUUGAAGGGGAAAACCACCGAUCUAAACGCCACUUUUUCUGUCUGAUACCAGCAGAUAAACACCUGAAAGCAGAGAAACACAAGAAAAAUACCGACAAACAUGACGGACUUCUCUACAAUUUACAAACUCUCUCUGGUUGCAGUCGCCUGCUUCGUCCAAGCCUGCAGCAGCAGCUGUCCGGUGAUGGAGUGCUGGUUUGUGCAGGAGAAAGCAGGGCGAGGAGGAGGAUUAACUGCAGCUACGACCCAAGAAAAAUCCCUGCUUUACAUCGGGACAGACGCUCACAGCCAGAGUACUAAAACCCAACAGGCUCCGUCCGACAUCGACCCCGGCAGAGUCUACUUUGUUACCGACCCAGCCGCCACUCUCUGCCACCACUCUCUCAACCCUCCCAGAGGCUCUGUGAAGAAGCCCCAGUGUGAGAUCAACCCCUUCCUGCCGCAGAUCUCCACCCUCAAAUGGGUUGCUCCGCUCACAGACUCUGCCGUCAGCCCCAAAUACCUGCAAGCUGAUUGGUUUUCAACAGCCAUUCAGGGGCUCAACCAACAGCUGGGUGUUUCCAGCAUCAUGCGUGCUCCUACAGCAACCAAAGAGUACAACGUGAUCCUGAGUGUGACCAGUAAAACAGUCUCGGUGCAGUCUAGACUCGGGGAACCGGUGCUGCUGGACUGCGGCUUCUGGGUCGACCCCUCCUCGCCUCUAUCUGGGUCUGGUUUCGCCGUUGAGUGGCGCUACCAGUUCAGAGGCGACGGACGACUGGUUCUGGCUUACGACGGCAAGGCAGACCGUUUGGCUGAUACACAAGAGGAAGGGGCCACGCUGGACUUUGACAGUUUGCACGAGAAGGGAAAUGCAUCCCUGAUCCUGCAGGAGGCUCAAGUGCGUCACUCUGGGACGUACAUCUGUACGGUGUAUCUGCCGUACCUUCUGGCUCAGGUGGCGGUGGAGCUUGACAUUGUAGAACCCCCAUCCCUGUCCAUCCACCCCUCCCCUCUGCCCAUCUCUGUUCCCGGCCAGACUUUGACUGUCCAGUGUGACGCAUCCGGCUUUGCCCCUCUCUCCCUGGAGCUGAGCUGGGAGUUCAAAGAUGCCGAUGGGAAAUCCAGGCCUCUGGGAUCCGGCAGCGUAACGGGCCACAGGCAGGCCUGGGAUGGCACCUUCAGCCAGAGCACCCGGCUGGAGCUCGACACAUCCAAGCUGGACCUGGGAAGAGGAGGAGAGGUCACCUGUGUGGGUGUCCAUCCCGGAGGCACAAGACGGGCCAGCGUGACCCUCAAUGUCAUUGGGUUCAGCACUCCAUCCAUUGAGGACUCAAUGGCAAUGGUUGGUGUGGCGCUGGUGCUCUACGGUCUCAUCAAGUUUGUUUCUUGGACCUUCACCGGCUCAGGCUCAGAUGAGGCUGACAAAAAAGACAAGUAAGAGAAGUAAAGAAGCGAAAGAAGCCAACUGUUGUGAAACCGCAACACUGAACCACCUAACCUGUCUGCUUUGAUAUCUGGGUGGAGUUUUUGCAGUGAUUGCACACUUGUUCAUGCAGACAAUUAUGUCAUUUUUUUUACAGCUUGUUGCAUAGUGGUAAAUCUUUAUAUACUUUGAUUUGAUGUUUUUCACAGAUCCAUAGGGAAACUUGCUUGUGCUCAUACUCCUUCCAUUCUUGCUCAAAUAGUAAUGCUAAUCCAAACAUACCUGUUAUGAUAUUACUUUGAUCCUUUCUUCUUUUAAGGGAUAUAGCUGUGAUAUCAUACUGGCCUUCUACUGUUUACUUGCUUGUUUUGUUUAAAGGGAAACUUCAGUAUUUUUCAACCUGGACCCUAUUUUCCCAUCUUUUUGUGUCUAAGUGACUUAUAGGGACAAAAAAUUUUGAAAUUGGUCAGUACUGAGUGAGAGCACUGCAGCCGGCAAUGUAAUCCAACGGGGCAAUAGCGCCCCCCCAAUGUACGUCCACUAAAAGUGUUUGUUUUUGCCACUGACAGGCCCAGAU